AUGAAACAAGUUUUAAAUGCUGAUCAGUUCACGUGCAGCUACCCAUCAAAUCUCAAAGGAAGUCAAGCGAUUGAUCUUGAUAUAAACUCGUGCACUGUUUAUGUGGGAUUUAUAUGUUUUGUCUCCACCACAUUUUUACUCCUUCUGACCCUACUCAGUUCAUUCAUCUAUCACUUCUUGAAAUGGCAGGGUUAUGCCUACUAUCAUUUGCUUUCAUUUGUGUAUGAAAAAAAGGCAACAGAGAAAGCAAAUGCUCAGGGCUUACAGUAUGAUGCUUUUAUUUCCUACAACACCCAUGAUGAACUGUGGGUUAUGAGAGAGCAGUUACCCCAGCUAGAGGGAGAGCAGGGCUGGAGGUUGUGUCUGUACCAUAGGGACUUCCAGCCAAGAAAACCCAUCAUAGAUAACAUUGUGGAUGGUAUCUACAGCAGCCACAAGACCAUCUGGGUGAUCAGUCAUCACCACCUGGAGAGUGAGUGGUGCUCCAGAGAGAUCCAGGUGGCAAGUUGACUCUUUGAUGAGAAAAAUGACAUCCUAAUCUUGAUGUUCCUGGAGGAUAUUCCAACACAUCCGUUGUCUCCAUUCCACAGGAUGAGAGAUCUAACCAAGAAACACACCUAUCUCAGCUGGCCCAAAUCACAGCAUUGCAUCCAGUCCUUCUAG